AUGAACACAAGUCUGGAAUGCAUCUUCCCUGUGCUCACCAAUUGCUCUCCAGGCAAGAAUCAAACAGAAGUGCAAACAGCCAUCCACAGAGCCACACUGGCCACGUGCAUCCUUCUGCUUAUCCUGGUGUUCUGCCUGGGCUCCUAUGGGAAUCUAAUUGUCUUUUCAUCCUUCUUCAAUCCAGCUUACAGGAAAUUUAGGACACAUUUUGAUUUCAUGAUUCUGAACCUGUCUUUCUGUGACCUCUUCAUAUGCCUUGUUACCGCCCCCAUGUUUGGCUUUGUGAUGUUUUCCAACAAUGGAAAUAGCAUGUCAGAUACUUUCUGCUUCACCUUCCACCUCACGAGCACAGGAUUUGUUAUAAUGUCUUUGAAAACGGUGGCUGUUAUAGCUGUUCAUCGUCUGCGUAUGGUGUUGGGACAACAGACAAACCACUCCUCCUCAUUUCUCUGCAGACUGCUUUUUACUAUCAUAUUGUGGGUCAUUAGUUUCACCUUAGCCACCUUAUCUGCCAUGACUAAGUACCACAGCUCCAAGAUCUGUGUUCCCCUACUCGGACUGAUCAAUGAAGAUGGCAAGGCCAUUUUAUACACAUAUGUUGUAGACUUCACCCUUUGUGUGGGCAUUGUUGCAAUUUCUUAUGCAAUGAUUGCACAAACUCUGCACAAGAAUGCACAGAUACGUCGGUGCCCCAUAAUUACCGUGGUUGACCCCAAAAAGCCUGACUGUUUUGUCCCUCCUGAAGGACCAGGGCUCUCAUUAUACAGAAAGCAGAAAUUCAACAAAGCACCCCAUGUGCAGAUACACCUGCAUGCACCCGACCAAAGUAAAAAUGUUGCUGCAUCCAAUAAAAAGCUAGAACAAACUGUGAAUCUUUCAGCUAUUAAGGAUUCCAAAGCAGUUGUGACUUGUAUUAUGAUACUACUAUCAGUGGUCUGCUGUCUACCACUCGGUAUAGCACUGGUGCAUGAUGUCUUAUCUUCUGAAAAUAGUUUUAUCAUCUAUCAGUUUGAGCUCUGUGGGUUAACCUUGGUAUUUUUUAGGUCAGGCCUCAACCCAUUUAUCUAUUCCCGUAACAACUCUGGCCUCCGUAAGAAGGUGGCUUGGUGUACGCACUUCAUGGCCCUGCUGCUGUGCUGCAAGCAGAAAACAAGGUUGAAAGCAGUAGGAGAUGGCAGCCUUAUUGCGAACAGGAACAAGUCUUCUCACCAUGAUACCAACUCAGCAUAUAUCCUCUCUCCCAAACCACAGAAAAAGCUUGUUGACCAGGCAUGUGGUCCAAGUAAUUCAAAGGAUGCCUUUGCCUCUGUUGAGCCCCAGCAAAAAGCACAAAGCUCCUCAACACCCAUUAACACUAGGAUAGAGCCUUAUUACAGUAUCUACAACACCAGUGCCCUCCAGGAGAACAGCACUCCAACAAGCCUGCAGCCCAAGAGACAUAUCUUAGGGUCAGCUCAAUCCUAUACUGGAAUGUACUACCACAUCUCAAAAACAUCAGAUUUCAUGCAGGACUAUGACAGCACCUCUGCCAAACACAUUCCUAUUCCAUCUGUCUAAACCAAAAAUCAUUCUACGUGAACGCUAAAACAGGAAUGGACAAAAUACUGCUGGCAAGAAUGUCUUUGCUUGAAAGCAGACCUCAUUGGUAAUGAUUAUCAGUAUAAAAAAAUUCCACUGAUCAUAGGGCACUAUACUGUUAAAAUAUCAAAACAUAUAACAAUGAACAUUUAUUAUUAUCUAACAAUCCAUAAAACUCUGGUCCAGCAUGGCUUUUGUA